AUGACGAGUGUGAUGGAUGAGUAUCUUGAUACUCCAAUGGACAAUGAUGACAUCUUUCCCUGCAAGGGUUGUGGUGAGAUCCUCGAGGAGGGAAAGGCAUUCGAAUUAGCCGGAAACCGAUGGCAUUUAGACUGCUUCCGAUGCAAUACCUGCGGUACUCUUCUCGACUCCGAUGCGAACCUGCUCCUCCUCGGCGAUGGGUCCUUGAUAUGUAACAACUGUACAUAUAGCUGCAGUGCGUGCGGCAACAAGAUCGAAGACUUGGCUAUUCUCACAGGCGACCAGGCCUUUUGUGCGACAUGUUUCCGUUGUAGGAAUUGUAAGAGGAAAAUUGAGAAUCUCCGCUACGCGAGGACGUCACAGGGCAUCUUCUGCAUGAGUUGCCAUGAAUCCCUUAUGGCCAGGAGACGGAAAAAAUCGAAGGCCGCUGCCCAGGCGAAAAGCCGCGAGAAAGAUGCAUCCGGCGUCAUCAAGGACAAGUCGUUACCCGCUCUUCCGCCAAACGCGAUCCCCCCGGGUGCUUUUGCCCAGGAACGCGUCGAGCCCGAAUCCGAUACUCCCACCGAACUCUCCCCGAGACCUCGUCAAGCAUACAAUCGAAAUGACUCAUCAUCGAGGGGCAGCUCGAGGCCCGCCCCGUCUCCCGAGCGCCCGGCCGAUUCUUCCGGAAAGGAUACCCUAGGGCUGCCUUCGACCAACUACCGUAAUAACCGCAACUCUUCCAUCUUUAUGCCCAGCGAUGCUAUUGGUGGCGACGCCGAGACCUUCUUCAUCCCCGUUGCCCUGGACCACAGUCCCGCUCCUACCAACCCGACCCCGCGUUCCGCGCCGGACAACCAGGAUGGGUCGAAGAAGGAUAACAGGGACUACUUCAGCAGCCCUGUUAAGGCGUCUUCUCCCGAGUCGAAGGUGGAUUCCGCUGCCACAACACCCCACAUCGCCUUCCAGGAGAAGGGGAGGCAGGCAUCUUCUGACCAGGAGUCCGCCAAGGUUCGACCGCCGCCUGCGCGUAGAUUGUCCAAGUCAGGCCGCAAGGAUUCCACCAGUACCGCCAAAUCCUCCGAGGACACCCUCCCGCCGAGAAUCUCUAGUAAGGCCCCGCCCGUCACGGACGAAUUUAAGCUUCAGGAGGCCCCCCGGGGCAAGAAGCUUCUCACAUCGAAGACGAACUCGCAGUCUUCCGGCCAAGACGCCACUGCAGCCAAAGAUCAAUUGCAGCCCGACGACAAGAUCGGAACCCCUCGCUCCUCCCUCGACUCUCGGAAGCGCUCUGGAGAAGAGAUCCGCGACCGUUCCGAUUCUUUGAAUGCGACACCCCGUCAUGAGUAUAAUAACAAUGCCGCAAGGCCAAUCACGCGUAAGGAGGUCCCUCAGGGCACCACCCCCCGUAACGUGAACGGCAAACAAUAUGCCACCGAUGACGCCAGUAAGCAGACUACUGCUACUACUACCACCUCCACCAGCAGCACAUAUAUGCAACCCCGGCAGGCUCCUGCGCCACCAGGGCAAACACCCUCAUCUCGCGGACACAAUGGGGAGGCGUCGUCACCGAAACUCAGAUGGAGCGCUGGUGGAGAGUUUACCAUGGAUGAGGAUAUGGCUCGCAUCCUUGGCACAGACGAGGAUUCGUCUUCUAUCCUACGCCGCGUCUCCAAUGCCGUCCGCCAUGGCCGUACGAGCGACCCGGAUCCCCUCGGCACCCAGACUCGAAUGGGUCAUGCGAGAAGCGCCAGCGAGACGACACGGACAACAUCCUCUCCUCGGUGGCCCCGAACCCCUGUUGCGGAGGAUUCGGUCAAUGGUCACGCACGAGAGAUCAGCAGCCCCAUCGGCCUGUCGUCUCCCAACGAUGACCCUGCUUUCCUCAAGAGGCAAUUGAGGACGUCCGAGCAGCGGGUGGCCGAGCUCGAGAGGCAAUUUAAUACGCAAAAGGACCUACAGAACCUCAACAGGAAGGUCAUCGAAAAGCGCAAGACGGUCCUGGACUUGGAUACGCAGACCGAGAUCAUGAUUCGGCAGCUCGAGGUCCUCGCGGGCUAUGUGCAGCGGGCCAAGGACACCAAGAAGCCGAUCGAUGCGCGGGAGCUCGAGGAUUCCGCCAUCAAGGAUUUUGUCCAGAAGCUCGACAAGGUCAAGCAGUCCAUGGCUGCGGCCAUUGAGCAGCUGCACGAGGAGCGCGACCAACUGAUACAGGAGAAGAAGCAGGCGAUGGCCGACCGUGACCGGGCCCUUCUCGAGUUCGAGCAGCUCUCGUCAAAAAACGCACAGCUCGCAGACAUGAACAACGACCUCACGCAUCAGAUCCAGGAGCGGUUCAAGUCCCAGAUCAAUAACAAUAACAAUAACAACGAUCCUAGGUCUGCCAACGGCCUGGGCAUUUACCCCCAGCGAGGCUCGUCCACCACGGCAAUGUCGUCGGACGUUGCUAGUAUUAACACGGCUACUACGCUUGUUCCCCAUGACGCUGAUGACUCGAUUGUCGAGGCCGGCCCCACUGUCGUCACUGUCCGGAAAGGGCAAGUCAAGAAAUUUAACUGGAAGAAGGGCUCAAAGACAAUUGCGCAAAAUGUAACAAAGGGCGUCAACAGAGCGGUGGUGGCAUUCCAGGAGCGAGAUAGAAACCCGCACCACGGCGGCCUCACCGGUGACAACAUCGGUCUUCCCUACAACAUGACAGUCGAGCAAAUGCAGCCCACAAGUAGCCUCACUCCCACCGGCCCUCAGGGCCAAGUCGGCCAGCCCGGUGCCAUCACGCCCAGGCAAACCGGCGAACGCCAGGGCUUCGGAUUCUUCAGCAAGAGAGCCAACACGAUGCCCAAGGGCAUGCAGUCGGCGGCCAACAUGUCUGGCUCGGGGACGCCCACGGUAGCGGAAGCCCCUACCGUCCUCUUCGGUUCAGACCUCUCCGAGCGCGCCGACUACGAACGGCGACAGAUUCCCAGCGUCGUGACCCGCUGCAUCGAGGAGGUCGAGCUCCGAGGCAUGGAUGUCGAGGGCAUCUACCGAAAGACUGGCGGCAACUCCCAGGUCAAGAUGGUGCAGGACGGCUUCGAGAAGAGCGAGGACUAUGACAUUUCAGACCCGUCGAUCGAUAUUACGGCCGUCACUAGCGUUCUGAAGCAAUACUUUAGAAAGCUGCCGGUUCCUCUGCUCACUUUUGAUGUGUACGAGCGUGUGCUCGAGUCUAAUGCUAUCGCGAACGAAGCGGAACGCUGUGCUCAUCUGAACCGAACGUUUGCCUCGCUGCCUCAGCCACAUAGGGACUGCCUCGAGUUCCUCAUGUUCCAUCUUACUCGCGUAGCUCAGCGAGAGCCCGAGAACUUGAUGUCUCCCAAGAACUUGGCCGUCGUGUUCGCACCCACAAUCAUGCGUGAUCAUAGCCUUGAGCGUGAAAUGACGGACAUGCACGCCAAGAGCAUUGCGGUGCAGUUCAUCAUUGAGAACACCGACACCAUCUUUGAUGAAUAA